AUGGAUCCCUAUGAGGAUGAGAACCAAGCUGUGGAGGAGCAGCAGGAGAAGGAAAGUGAGCACAGCAAUGAGAAGAUCAUCAAUGAGGAAUACAAGACAUGGAAGAAGAACGCGCCAUUUCUGUAUGAUAUGAUCUUGAGCACAGCUUUGGAAUGGCCCACCCUUACAACUCAGUGGCUUCCAGACAAGCAAGAAGUUCCUGAUAAGCCUUAUUCUACCCAUCGCCUACUCAUCGGCACCCACACAGCCGGUGAUGCGCAGAAUUACCUUCAAAUCGCCCACAUCCAACUCCCCAACCCCAAUGCCCCGAAUCCAGACGAUUAUGAUGAGGAGCGAGGGGAGAUUGGCGGCUAUGGUGGUGGGCCGAAGAAGCCCCAGAUGGAGAUCAAAUUCAACAUUGCUCAGAAAAUUGACCACAAAGGGGAGGUUAACAAGGCCCGGUAUCAACCCCAAAACCCCAAUAUUAUUGCGACCAUGUGUACCGAUGGUCGAGUGAUGAUCUGGGACCGUUCAAAGCACCCCAGCCAGCCCACUGGUACUGUGAACCCUCAAAUGGAGCUCUUGGGACACGAGGCAGAGGGCUUUGGACUAAGCUGGAACCCACAUGAGGCCGGCCACCUUGCUACUGGUAGCGAGGACAAGACCGUUCGGCUCUGGGAUCUUACAACAUACACCAAGGGCAACAAGGCCGUCCGGCCGACCCGCACCUACACUCACCAUUCUUCCAUCGUAAACGAUGUUCAGCACCACCCUCUCCACUCAUCUCUCAUUGGAACUGUCUCCGAUGAUAUUACUCUCCAGAUCCUUGAUAUUCGUUCUGCCGACUCUACUCGUGCGGCCGCAUCGGCGGAGGGCCAGCACCGCGAUGCUAUUAAUUCCAUCUCCUUCAAUCCGGCGGCAGAGACGAUCCUGGCUACCGGUUCCGCAGACAAGACCAUUGGCUUGUGGGAUCUCCGAAACCUCAAGACCAAGCUCCACUCCUUGGAAGGUCACACAGAUUCUGUGCAGUCGAUCUCGUGGCAUCCCUUUGAGGAGUCUGUUUUGGCCAGCUCUAGCUAUGAUCGGAAGAUCAUGUUCUGGGAUCUCAGCCGUGCCGGCGAGGAACAGACCCCCGAGGACGCGCAGGACGGUCCUCCCGAGCUUUUGUUCAUGCACGGUGGUCACACCAACCGUCUCUCCGACUUCAGCUGGAACCUCAGUGACCCGUGGGUGCUGUGCUCGGCAGCUGAAGACAACCUCCUCCAGGUGUGGAAAGUGGCCGACGCCAUUGUGGGCAAGGACCUAGAAGAUGUGCCGACCGAGGAAUUGGAGGCAUGA